AGCCUGAAGAUAGGUGGUGGGGCUAAUGUAGUUUGAUACCCACAUGCAAAUUUAGGCUUAACGGUGUUUGAAGAUUAUAUUGAAAUAAAUAAACAGUGUUUGUGUGAUUUAAAUAAAUCAUUUCACGGAACUGAUACUUCAGGCAAGGGCCACAAACAUUUCUGGCCAGUUUGGUUUGUUUUUAUGGGAACAUUUGUUACUACUAAAACAGUGACGAUAGUGACAGAUUCGCGUUAGUGACGUAGCUCAAUGGGAGAAUACAUGGGUCAAAUUGACGUGGCAGAAGCGUGAUAUUUAUUGAAUUGCAGGUGUAUUAGGGAGUCUUGUUCCUAGUUGUGUAACUUGAUUUUGUGUAUAUAUAUUAGGGUUUGUAAGUGGCGUAGUAACAUUGCCGGCAUAAUCAUGGGUUUGACAAUUUCUAGUGUUCUGACACGGCUGUUUGGGAAGAAGCAAAUGAGAAUUUUGAUGGUUGGCCUUGAUGCAGCAGGAAAGACAACAAUUUUGUAUAAGUUGAAGCUAGGAGAAAUAGUUACCACCAUUCCAACUAUUGGUUUCAAUGUUGAGACUGUGGAGUAUAAAAACAUAUGCUUCACUGUAUGGGAUGUUGGUGGACAAGGAAAGAUCAGGCCACUCUGGAGGCACUAUUUUCAGAAUACUCAGGGACUGAUAUUUGUAGUAGAUUCUAAUGACAGAGAGAGGAUUACUGAAGCAGAAAAGGAACUUCAGAAUAUGCUUCAAGAGGAUGAACUCCGUGAUGCAGUUCUCUUGUUAUUUGCAAAUAAGCAGGACUUGCCUAAUGCAAUGAGUGCUGCUGAGCUUACAGACAAACUGGGACUUAACCAGCUGCGUAAUCGUCGUUGGUACAUUCAGGCUACCUGUGCUACCCAGGGGCAUGGCUUGUAUGAAGGUUUGGACUGGCUGUCAAAUGAAUUGGCAAAAAAAUGAAAUUGAUAGCCAGAAUUGUGUCCAGUGAUAUGCACAAGCAUCUCCAUUGAGUGAAACUGUGUCAAUGUAUGUGUAUGCAUACUUCAAGGAAAUGAGACAUUCUUUUAGAGAUAUGACAAGAAAUUUAUGUGGAGCAGAAUUAAGACUGCAGAGAUAAGUGAUACUUCUUGAUUUUGACAUUGAUGAAGGACUACUAGCAAGAAGGUUCAUUAUAAUGGUCUUUCUGGAGCUGUUGACUUACUGUAAGGAAAAGCAGUCUAGUGUUCAGCUUCUCCUUCCAUAAAUCACACUCAGUUCAAUAUAAAAUUUAAAUAAUUUUAGUUACACUGUGUUAUAUGAUAAUUUUAAUGUGUCAAGAUAUUCAUUUGUUGCAACAGAUUUUAUGGCAUUCAUGAUUGUUUAAUAGUGCUUUAUUUACAUUGAUUUGCUUUAAAACUAAAACACUAAAGAAAGAAGUAAGACAUUUUGUGAAUGAUUAGUUAUCGAAUUGUUACAGUGUAACUAUAAAUGAGCCGGUGUGUACCAAUAUAAUCAUAUUUGUUUAGCCAAAUAUAAUAGGAGCACCAGUGAAGCUACUGUCAUUCCUAAAAAAAAAGUGAUCUUCUUUCAUUAGUUAUUGAAGGUGAAAUAUUUCAUCAUGUUUAUAUGAAGACCUGAAACAGAAUUAUCUGAUUAUUUAUUACUAAAGUUAGGAGAAUUCUGGUUUUUUGUUGGUAUUUCCAUGAACAUUGUGCUCAUUCAAAGCUUUGUCACUUAUUCCUGUGUACAGACAUUUCAAACGAGUCUUGAAGAAAGCACUCUGCCAAAUAUAUUUGCAUAAUCUGUUCUUUUCUUGGCAGUUCAAACAUUUUCUUCCUUUGUGUUAGGUUUGUUUUCUUUGUCUCUUUGCAGUUGUUGGAACUAAGAGUUGAGAGUGAUGUUAAACAUAACUUUAAAGGUUAUGUGUAAAACUGUCAGACACAAUAAAGAGAAUUCGUAAACUUA